CGCUGUUGCCAAGCGGAAGGACAACCCGGGAGCGCCGGGAAGCGGCCUUCGCGUUUGGCGACGCGGGUCGUCGGGAGUGCUUUCCGCGUCCGGGUCGUCUUCGCUGAGCGGCGGGGGACUCGGCCCGGCCUGACGGGGGAGCGGUGCUGGCAGCGCGGUUCUUAAGUUUCCCACAGAGAGCAAGCUGUUGACUCCACAGUUUGUUACAUGGAAGAGGCUUCAAAAGAAUACAGUGGGUUUUAUUUUCAAAGCAAUCCAAUCAAGACUGGAAUAAUCACUGAUCUGUUCUGUGGAUACCUUUGGUGAAUGGGUUGUCACUCCACAGAUCUUUCAUUAUGAGGAAAAGCUGAGCUCCUUCUGAUUAUCCGGGAUGAAAUACUAUGAGGCUUAUAUAUAAUUCCUGGAGCUUCAGUUUUUUCCUGUGACUUACUUGUACUUCUUGCAUGGACAGAGAUGGAAGCUGAAUCAACAAUACCAAUUUGGCAGAACAAAUCCUGCGGUUCCUCACGCAGUUUUGUGAGAAGAAUUGGGACAAACCUUCCUUUGAAACCCUGUCCUAGGGCUUCCUUCCAGGCACUACCAGAUGUUUCUGAUUUCUAUUUCAAUAACACCCCCCCGGUCCCCACUCUGGCAGAUGUUGCCUGGAUUGCUUCUGAUGAUGAAGAAACAUAUGCUAGAGUCAGGACAGACACACGUCCCCUGAAGCACAAAUGGAAACCCACCCCACUCUUUGUUAUUCAGCGGAAUGCUUCUGUCCCAAAUUUGAGGAAGCAAGAAGAAAAGUUGUUGGCUCUGAAGAAACCGUGUUUACCUGCCUUGAGUCGAACUACAGAACUUCAGGAAGAAUUGAGUCACCUGCGGAGUCAGAUUGCUAAAAUUGUCGCUGGAGAUUCAGCUUCCUCUUCAUUAACUCCUGAGUUAUUAUCUCCAGGAAGUUCAAAUGUGUCUUCUCCCUUGCCGUGCUUUGGACCCUCAUUCCAGUCUACAACUUCCUUUGUCAUUAGUGACAUCACAGAGGAGGAGGCUGACUUAGAAAGUCCUGAACUUCCAUCUGUUUCCAUGCUUUGUUCCACAACCUCUGAGUGCUGCAAAGCCGACCUGAAGGAUUCCGAUGACGACGAUUCAGUGUCUCUCUCAAAGGCCAGUAGUUUUGCAGAUAUGAUGGGCAUUCUUAAGGACAUUCACAGAAUGAAACAGAAUAAAGACUCGAACAGAAGUUUACUGAAAGAAGAGGAUCCUGCAAUUCUUAUAGCAGAAGUUUUAAGAAGGAAGUUUGCUUUGAAAGAUGAAGAUGUAAAUAUGAAAAAGAACUGAUGGUGAUACUCAUUUAUUAUCUUAUAUUACUAAGCUCCUAAGAUUUUUCUCUACAAUGGCUGCCUUCCUUGAACAUUAAAUGUCCUUUAGGGAUUAGGCUUCCUGUGUGCUUAUGUGCAAAAGGAACACACUACAUGAGAGAAACUGACAUUUUGCUGUUUUUUUCCACACAGUUGAGUGAUACUUUUUUUUAAAAGGUAAAGUUUUCCACAUUUUGAACUGAAACAGCAAGUACAGAUUCUUUUAAAGCGGAAAUUGCCAGUUGCCGACAGUGGUGAUUUUUGUUUAAAAAAAUUCUCUUUGUAAACUUGCUGGAAAUCUGAAGCCUGUGGCUGCCUAAACUGUUUGACUCCCAAGAUUUCUUUUUGAAAAGGUAGCUUUUUGAACAGUUCUUUUUUUCUGCAGUCUUUCCCCACAACUGACAUUCUUCUAACAGACGUGUAGUUGACUAAAGAUGGGAAUGAAGCGCCUAAUGUAAGCACUGAAUUUAAAAUCUGGUUGCUGAUGAUACACUAAGGCUGUGCAGCAGUUCAGAUUUGAAAGGAGAUUUGGAGUCCAUUUGUCAACACCUCCUUAAACCAAAUACAUCUACGAAGUUGCUAGUGCAUGUGACAAGCACACCUAUGUGCACUCCGAUUCAGGCUGCUACCCAGUCCUGUAAUUCAGCUCUUUAAAGCUAAAAUUUCUCUUUCCUUUUUUCACUUGUUGAGACCAAACACGUCUGCAUCCCUUGCUCUUGCUUUAAGCUCGGGGCCAAGCAGGUUGAAUUAACACAAAUGGAAGAACAGCACAGUCAAGUCUCCAGCAGAAGGGCACCAAAUACCCUGUGGAUUUGAUAAGAUACUUGAGCAUCGGUGGUGGUGAUCAGCAUAAUCCAAGAGAGGCUUGGCCUGUUCUGCUAGCAGUGUGAAAAAGAUCCUUAAAACCCUACCAAGAUGGGCUUUGCAGUUUUGGCCCAGGCAGCGCAUUCUUCCUCAAAGCCUUGAGACACAGCUGCUUUAAUGGCGCUUGCAGGUGGCCUUCACGUGCAUCUGCAGACGUCUCAGAUUCCUCUGACCCUUUUGCAUAGCAUUAGGCUGUGGCGUCUCCGAGCAAGUGGAAGGUCUUUUCUAGUGCUUGUCUGCAUGCUUAAAAGCAUUACCACUAAUAAUAACCUUUCAGAACCUCCUGGCAAUUUGUAGAAGUGUGAAAGUAUGGAAAGUUUUUGCGGUAGAUUUUAAAAGCCUUUUGAGCACUGGCUGGUCCUUUAUCAGCCGCAAUUGUAGCAUGAUUGUCUCUGAUGCUGCCACUGUUAUCUAGGAGAACCAUGUUGGUUUAAAUCACUGACUUCAACCCUCAGGGAAUUUACAUCAUUCUCAGUGUCCCAUGUAGCACAGAACACGUUUCCACUUCACCCAUUCUUCUCCCUUUCCUCACCUUUAAUAUUAGUAUUCUACCCAAUUAUUUAAAGAUACUAUAAAGCCCGAUGUAGACAACCUGGUACCUUCCAGUCAUUUUUGGGCUACAACUCCCAAGAACAUUAGCCAUUAGCCCAGGGUUCAGGCUGCUUGGCAUUCAAAUCCAAAGCAUCUGGAGAGCACCAGGUUCUCAUCAUUUUAGAACAACUGAUCUCAGCCCCUGUUCAGACUCGGUUGGAGUUCUCUGUAAACAUGCAAACCGGUGUUCUGGUCCUGAAGAUCUCCAGCCACCUAAGGGGAGCAGACCUAUCCCUGCAGGCUGGAUCUUGCUGAAGUGGCAUGGGGUCAAGUGCACCAGCUUCACAACCUGGCAGAUCUGUUGCUUUUUAAAAACCCUUUCCCCACGCCCUCCGUUUGGAAGCAGCGAGGACUGGCCAGCAAUACCAACCCUUAAGUGGUGCUGUGGCUGAUGGGUCUGGCUUCAACCUGUCUUAGCCGAACAUAAGCUGUCGGAAGGAAAGCUAGUUGAGCCCCCUCUCGUGGAAUAAUCAUUCUAGAGUAGCCUAACCCCCUCCAAGAACAACAGGAUUAAGAGUGCAUUACUCCAUUUCUUUUAUUAGCUCGCACGCUGAAGAAAGCACAUUGAACAAGCAGGCUAAGCAGGCUAUGGACAGCCACAGGCAAUAUAUGCAGGGGCCCUUUAAGCCCAGUUUGUUUUGUAGGUAGGCCCUGAGCACGUUUAUCUCACAGAGCAAUUAUGAUUUAAUGUUUAAUGACUUUAUUGCCUUCCGAAUCCUCUGUGAAUAGCAAGUCAUAACAUGACUUUUCACUGCUGUCUGUCAGAAGAGAGAAGCGCCUCACGCCCAGAGACCCGGAGGGGCUUCUCUCUCUGGAGCAACCAUCUCCGAAGCAGCCCUCACAGAAGGAGCUUCUCACGGUGCUGCUUGGGCCCCACCGAGGCUCCUCUGGCAGAGGCGGUGCACCUCGCUCACCCCAGAAGCGGUGCAAAAUCACUUUGUGGCCCUCAGAGUCCUGCGUGAACAGCGGCCAAGUCGGAGCUAGGGAGCCGUUCUCGUGGCCUUUCUCCCCACUGCCGAUGGUGUUCUUGUGCUUCUUGCAGAAUCCAGACGCGGUUUGGUUGGAAUCUGUCAAAAAUGCUGCUUCCGGUGUGUGUUCUUCCAGCUCAGGGUCCCUAUUUUCAGAGUCACAGAGGUCCACAAAAGUAGCAUCUGUAUAAGAAGGGGGUCUGCGCCUUUUCCCUGCAUUGGUUCUUUGGCUUGAAAUUAUUUUAAAGCCUUGGCUACCCCGAGAAAAGGAAGUGGGGCUUUUUUCUCCUUGCCAUCCGUUUUUUUCUUUCAGAGGCGACAUAGGAGCCAUCUGCUGCUCGAGACCCCCCUUUUCUUCUAGGUGCUGAGUGAGGUCUGUGGCUAGGAAGGCCUCCCCCUCUGUGACGGCAUCUUCCCCCCUAGCCCCACGAAGGAUGCCGCCAUGACUCUGGGCUCGAGCGGGGAGAGAACAGCAAGGGAGGAGACGCAAGCCGCUGGUUGACUCCGCAGGUGGUGGUUUGCAGUCUUGCAGGCCUGAUGGUUGAAGGACAGAAGUUGGGGCCAUGGUUCUUUUCCCUCUAAGCAGUUCGUGGUCUUUUAGGCCGAUGGUGCUGUUUGACGCAGAGGCCAAUAACCGUUUGUUUGGGUCGACGUCCUUUUCCCCUGCCAAAAGCAGUGGAAUCUGAGUCAGCCAAGAGAUCAAAUACACAGCCUUUAUAUAGCAGUCUAGUGAAAUGGCAGGUGCAACCCUUUACUUCAGGAACCAGAUACAUAACUGAGAAAAAUUGCUGUAAACCCCAAAUACUUACUGUUAAGAGAGGUUCCUGCUCCAUUUCCCCAGAGUCUACCGGAACCCAAGAGGUUGGGUGUUCUCCCUGGUAGACAUUGUGAAAGAUGACCUGCCCUUGGAGGAGACCUGGUCUCUGUUUGAUUUACUGCAGUCCUCAGAAGCUUUGCCAAGACAGCGACUUGGACAGAACCCUUGGCCAUAUAAAGCCUGUCUAGGAGGGAGGAAUCAUUUAAUUCAGGAAAAAAAGUGUGCCUUAGCUUCAGCGUUUAAAAAAAAGUCUUUUGGAUGUGUUUGUAGAUGCAAAAAACCUGUCUGGCUAACCAGUGAAACAAAUAAUACAAAUACUGAUCAGACUCUUAACUGCUGCUAUGCCUGAAUUAAGCCUGGAAGAUCAACAUGACUUUCUUGCAAGGUCUCAAUUAUUCCUUCCCUUGCUCUUUUGUGGAAUGGAAAGAAACAACCAAGAGCUGUUCUGUUCGCUAAAGAAAAGACUUGGAAAAAGGGUCAAAAGUUGCUGCUUUCCUCAAUUACCUUUCCCCAGUUUUUGAAGUGGUUAAGAAUAAGGACUUGUUACUUAUCCUCCACACCUUUUAGUAGUAUUAAUGCAGUGGAGAGACAAGGGUUUUUGGGAUGAUAUUGUAUGUUUUGUUAUAAUGUCUUUGCAGUGAAGAGUGCAAUGGAAGUAUGAAAUAAUAAAUCUUCUUAUAUAGA